AUGUAUCCAAAUGAAUCAUAUUAUACAGAUAAUUUUACUACAUUUAUAAAUCCCAUAACAGAAAUUACUAUAAAUAAUCUUUUUGAAGUUCCCCAAGAAAAUGUUGAUCCAUUUGAAUAUGCUAACGAGCUUGUAUAUUUUGAUGUGGAUAUGAAAACUAAAAGAGACUUUGCAAAUUCUUUAAAGGAAUGUUCAUGCAAAGGAGAUGUAAAUAUAUUAUUUGCUAGUGAUCUUACAAAUGUUUCAGUUAAAUCAGUUGUAUUACCUAACAUGCCUGGAAAUAAUCAACCUAAACCAUCAACUUCUGAUGGUAAAUUUGUUACUAGUCCUCCUACUACUCCAGCAACCAUUACUGAAAAAGUUACAACUGGUAAAGAUACAACUGGUAGAGGUACAACUGGUAGAUUUACAACUGCCAAAACCACAACUGCUCCUCGUCAAAAAUUCGAUAGCUCAACAUCAAGAUCUAGAGUAACAGUUAGAAGAUCAGGAAUUGGCUAUGGACUCAUGAACUGGUAA